AUGUCAAUUCUACAGAAACAAUAUCAUGAUGAAUUAAAAAUAGAACUUCAAGACGUCCAGUGUUCCUCUGUCUCAAAUGCCACUAAGCAGAAUUCUGUUGAGGACACAGAGGCUGGAGGCGAAUCUCUUCCUGACUUCCAACAAAUUGCUCAGGAUGCUGCCAACAUUUCCAAGAUGGUGAUGCCACGUAAAAAGAGGAGGCUUUAUGAAGCAAUGCAGGUCAACAAGCUAACUUAA